AUGACUAUGAGUGGCUUAAUUUCAAAUCGCAACUUCGGUUCCUUCGUUGCAUCAGGAAAUGUAUAUAGAUCGGGGACGGAUAUAUCCGUUCAAAGAGGGGGUGUUUCGAUUUCUGGUGUAUCGGUUGCACAGGAUCCCUUUUCAAGAUGGCAGCAUAAGAUGCAUUUGCCGUCGGAAGAGAGAAUUAGGAAACCAAUGCGAAAAUCUCACUACAAAGGGGAGCUUUGUUCUCUCGUGUCUGGGCAAUCCAGUCCGUGCUUAAACUUUAAACUACAGGCUAGCGGAAGAAAUGGUUGUUCCUUCGUUUCGUCUGCUCCUUAUAGAAGUAACAAUGUUGAACAAAGGGAAGUGUAUGGUCUUGGUUUGAGCAGAAGGAAGCAUGCACAACCUGAGGUUGCAAAAGCAAAUAAAUUCCGUGUUAGUUAUAAGUCUGAGGAAUACAACAUUUCAGAAACAAAGAUAGAUCCACUGCAAUCAACUGAAGGGACUGGGGAAGCCAUUCUUCUGGAAGGAAAUCUGCAGCAAGUAUCACCUUGGUGGCAGCAGUUUCCUAAGCGCUGGGUUAUUGUACUGCUGUGUUUUUCAGCCUUUUUGCUGUGUAACAUGGAUCGUGUAAAUAUGAGCAUAGCAAUACUACCGAUGUCUCAAGAAUUCAACUGGAACAGUGCAACAGUUGGCCUAAUCCAGUCAUCUUUUUUCUGGGGCUAUCUACUUACUCAGAUUGUUGGUGGAAUAUGGGCAGACAAAAUUGGUGGGAAGCUAGUACUAGGUUUUGGAGUUGUCUGGUGGUCAAUUGCAACAGUUUUAACACCUAUUGCUGCAAAACUUGGGUUGCCAUUUCUUCUUAUAAUGCGUGCCUUUAUGGGAAUUGGCGAGGGUGUUGCAAUGCCCGCAAUGAAUAAUAUACUUUCCAAAUGGAUUCCGGUAUCAGAGAGAAGCAGAUCACUUGCGCUAGUAUAUAGUGGCAUGUACCUUGGUUCUGUCACAGGCUUGGCAUUCUCACCUGUGCUAAUCCAGAAAUUUGGGUGGCCAUCGGUGUUUUACUCAUUUGGAUCCCUAGGAAGUAUCUGGUUUGUUUUAUGGUUGAGUAAAGCUUACAGCUCACCUAAAGAAGACCCAGAUCUCGGGGUAGAAGAGAAGAAGCUCAUACUUGGAGGCAAUGUAUCAAAAGAACCUGUAUCAGUUAUUCCUUGGAAAUUAAUUUUAUCAAAGGCACCUGUUUGGGCUUUAAUAAUCUCUCACUUCUGCCACAACUGGGGGACAUUUAUUCUUUUGACCUGGAUGCCUACAUACUACAAUCAGGUUCUGAAGUUCAAUCUCACUGAAUCUGGGCUAUUUUGUGUCCUGCCAUGGUUAACCAUGGCUAUUUUUGCAAAUAUAGGAGGCUGGAUUGCUGAUACACUUGUGAGCAAAGGCCUUUCCAUAACAUCCGUUCGAAAGAUUAUGCAAUCAAUCGGGUUUCUAGGUCCUGCAUUUUUUCUUACACAGCUAAGCCAUGUGAGAACACCCGCCAUGGCAGUACUUUGCAUGGCUUGCAGUCAGGGAUCUGAUGCAUUCUCACAGUCUGGCCUAUAUUCCAAUCAUCAAGACAUUGGUCCACGCUAUGCUGGAGUAUUGCUGGGACUAUCAAAUACUGCAGGAGUGCUAGCUGGUGUCUUUGGUACAGCUGCAACUGGAUACAUACUCCAAAGAGGUUCUUGGGAUGAUGUAUUUAAGGUUGCUGUCGUAUUGUACAUAAUUGGCACAUUAGUCUGGAAUAUCUUUUCAACUGGAGAGAAAAUUCUUGACUGAAGAAUGUAGUGAUGUCAAUGAAGGAGUAGGCUAUAUAAGCCAUUGAGUUUACAAGAAAAAGAAAAGAGGGAGGAAAAUUAAAGAUGAAUUUCUCAAGCACUUGGGAGCAUAAAAGAAGCCUGCAGAAACCAAAGAGAGCCACCAUCGCAAUUUUCGAUCAAAUAGAGGGAAUUCUAUGUUUUCUCUUGAAAUCUUGGAUUAACUUGGCACCUUUUGCAAAUGCCAUGUACCAUGAUCUAAAUGUUUCUGUAUAGGAGAUAGAGAAUAAUUUCCACUUCAUACUACUUAUACUUCAAAGACCUGUUUUAUGAUCAACUCUGCUUCAUCAUCAUACUGGGCUGAGAAGAUUGGUUGUAGUAUUCUUUCUGAUUCAAUGUCCUUAACAAAACACAUUAAUUAUCAAUAUAUCUACUUUUUUACUCUUGA